AUGACUAAGAGUCGAAGUCAACGAAUUCUCCUUGGUGCCUGCAUCAUAUCGUUUGCUCAGGAUUCCAUAUCCGAAGAUGAAAUGAUAGCAGCUGCAGAGGCUUUUGAUAUCGACAAGUAUAACGGCUACAUGACAAGUACCCAAAAAAUUAAAGAGGUGGAUGAUGCGCCUCCCACACCAAGGUCGCAGCCAGUCGGGCGGGUAUACAGUAGUCUCGAGAGUCCACUCACUUUCUAUAUCCGAGACCUUCGUCAAUCUUUAAGGGAAAGACGACGAGAAUUUCUGAAUCAUCUAUUCCAAAAAAAUGACCUAGCAAUCUGCGGUGUGGAAGAGCAAACGCCUAUUGCUCAGGCCUCCCAACCCGGUAGCAUUGUACUUUCGGAAUUGUCAGGCCGCCUCUUAAGCGACGGCACUGGUUUCGUUGACUCCGGAUGGGAGCUAAUGAUUGAUCGUCCGAAUUUACGCAUGUGGCGACGACCUUCAUGCAAGCCUCUUUCGGGAUCCAAUGAAUCUGGCAGAACAGUUGUCAGUCUGUAUGAAUAUCGGGUGCAGUUAAACCUGGCCUAUCGACGGCACUGGGAUAAAAGUGUUGUCGUCCUUGAGUCAACGAAGAACGGUGACGAUUCUGGCCGGACCGAGGUGGUCCGAUGGGUUUCUAAGUUCCCUUUCCCGAUGGCUCGUCGAGAGUACGUGUACGCUAGACGCUGGUGGCUCACUACCGCUGCGAAGGACACUCAGGCGUUUGCUUUGAUCAUUUCGCGUACUGGAAGUGGCUCGUUGACGGCUACUUCAGCGAUUCAUCGAAGUGGCAGUGAUGAGAUCCAAUCAGGGAGCAUAGUUCCGGUGCGUGCGUACGAGUCAAACAUGCUUAUUCGCUCGCAUGGUAAAAUUGACGAGGUAAGUGCCGAUUUCUCUAAAUGA